UUCAGUAUCAGAUCGAGUAGACUAACCUUAGAAGUCAGCAAACUACACCAAAUUGCAAUUAUAAGAAGCAUCAAUUAACAAUUCAGUCUUAUAUAUCACUAUCAUUUUGUCAAUUUUAUCUAAACUAUCAAUUAUUCCCAUUAAUUCUUUGCCAUCACUUCAUCAUAGAUCUAUUUUCAAUGCCGGAAGAAAAGAUACCAGACACGAUUCUCCGCAAAGCGUCCGUCAACGAGUCAGAAGACCUCAACGAUGAUCUUCAGAAUGUUCUGGACGACUCUGAGAGUCUGGACACGUUUUCCAACAUCCAAUCGGCCAACAUGCCUUAUUCGAAUAGUGUCCAUAAUGCCAUUCCAAGUGGAAAGCACAGAAGAACAGGCUCCGCCAUGUCGUUCAGAAACAGCAUCGACAAUGAGAGUGUUUUUUCAUCUACUGUCUACUACAACAUCCUCAAUUCACAGCUGGUUAACCCCGACGACUCACUCAAUACAAUACAGGGAGAAUACCUGCCAUUGGGACCUAACUCCAUCUACGAGUUAACUAUAGGGUCCGACACAGCCCGAGCUCGUAGAAAGAAGGCUCCUAAAUCAUCUGUCACUAUCAAUGGUGGGCUAACAACGGUAGCAAACUUGAAGUUUCCAACCACAAGAGACAUACCCCAGAUCCAGUUGGUUAAGCUCAAGUCGCGUGUCAAGGAUUCGGAUUUGCAGGCCAAGUAUGUAGCGAAUCUCGAAGACGAGUACAAGUCCUUUGAGCUGAGCUACAGACAGCUUACUCAGGAUACGUUAUUUAAGUUCACACAACAGGAACAGGGUAAAGUGUCUGCGUCGUCGUCUGUGGCUAAUUUCCAGGAUGUAGAGUUUGGAUCUGAUGAGUUGAGUGCGAUACCGAAAGUGUAUCUCGAGGAAGAGUUCCGUCUUGAUGAUCCCCGAGUUUUCAAGCAAGUAAUUGAAGGUGCCAGUAUAAUACCCUCAGAUAAUGACGAUCCUUCUUCUCACUUAGUGAACAACACCGCGCUUCAAGAGAGAAUCUCGCACUAUUUGGACAUCGUAGAAGUCAGUCUCAUCAAGGAGAUCUCCAAGACAUCAGACUCUUUUUUCCUGACGAUAGGCGAUAUCGAAAAGAUCCAGACACAUCUGAACGAAUGUGUAGAUAAGUUCCAGAGCAUGAAGGAGAAACUUGAACAAGUUGAAAAUGGCCAUUCCAGGAAGGGCUUACAGAUCUUUGAUAAACUUGUUCAGAAGAAAAAUGUAGAGCACUUGGAGUCAUGUUUGUUACAAUUAAAAUAUGUAGUUUCCACAUUUGAUUUGGCUAACAAGUCGUUCACGAAUUCGCAAUAUUCAAAAUGCUUGACGGAAACAAUUCUCACGGAAUGCUUGGUAGAAGGUUUAAAUAAAAACCAGAUUGAAGAUGAAAGUCUUCGAGCCCUCUAUCCAAGUUUUCAGUUUCCUCUUGUGGAUUUGACUGGUUUGCCUGCAUUGAUCCAUCUUCGUAAUGAUCUUCAAACCCUCAAGGACGAAUGUAGCAAAGGAUACAUCAACGACUUCAUACAGGUGCUAUUGGACGAUUUACGUACACAUUGCCGUUCAGUACCGGUGCAAGAUACACUCAACAGACUCUAUAAUGGUAUUGACAAGACGAAGAAAUACCACUCAAAGCCCGUCAACAAUUCUUAUCUUGUGAUCACAGACUCUAAGCGUCAGCAAUUGAUGGAUUAUGUCCGAAACUUAGCCAAGUCAGGCAGAAUGGUACAAGCAUAUUCGUCAUAUCAGGAUCGUAUCAUGACUGAAAUCAAGGAUAUCAUCAAGACCAAUCUUCCCACACAAUCACAAAAUGGAUCUACAGAUAUGUCCAACACGCCAUCUAGAUCUGCGUCUGUACCGCCUGAGAGUUUGAAUAGCAAUCCUUCUGCAAUUUCUCAAAGUCAAACUGGUGAAUCUUUGCAAGUUCCUCAUUCUACAAACACUUCAUUGUCUUCUAACAUCAAGUCGCUUACACCUAAAGAAUUUGAACAGAUGUUUAUCAAAACGUAUGCGGAUUUAUCAGAAUGUUUGCGUAGACUCACUGCUCACCAGAAGUUGCUACUUGAUUUGGCACUUACGACUACAACUUCACUCGCUCCUGAUUUUGAUAUCAUGUCGCUUGACAUUUCCAUAGCCAUCAGUAAGGCGAUAGAGCUAACUCAAGUAAGACUUACCAGAGUUAUCAAUGUUAGACUGGAACAAACUGCCGACCUCACUGUACCUUUCUAUCUCAGAUUGAACUCUAUCACGUCUGCUUACUUGCAAGAGUGUGAGCUUAUAUCUCCCGGCUUCAACGGAAGUGCACUCAGUGAGUGGUUCAGAAACCACUUGAACUACUUUGUGCACAGAUUUCAUCAUAAUGCAUUGAAGGCUUUGGUAACAGAUACAAACAGGGAUACUUGGAAGGAAGUAACUCUGGCAGAAGCACUUUCUGAGGCUCAGGAAAUUGUAGACGAAAUCACAGGCUAUACUGACUACAUUCUCCUUAAUGGUAACACUGGUUUUUCUGGUGAAAAGUGGCUAGAACCGCUUGAUUUCCAUGAAAAACCAGAAGUUCACCAAGAUACAAAGGUUGUAGAAAAUGACAAGAUUCGUGUAACUAUUGGCUCCGAGAGCUUUAUGAUUCCUAGCUUAGCGCUUAGAUCUGUUAGACAAAUUAGGGAUUAUCUAAUUAUCGCCAAGGUAUUCACAAGUACAGCUUCUUCCAUCGAAAACAACCUCUUGAACUACUUCAAGUUGUUGAAUUCCAAGACUUAUCAAGCGGUUUUGAAUGCUGGAGCUACCAGAACAGCCGGGUUGAAGCAUAUUUUUCCCAAGCAUAUAGCCUUAUGUAUUCAGUUGGUGGAGUUCAAUUUGUCUUUGUUGGACAGGUUGAAGACAGUUUUCCCUUCUCGAGAAUCCACUCCAGUUCCUGUUAGUGGAUCGCCCAGUGAGGAUUUGUCUUUCGCCAGAAUCAUCAGCAACUACAAAGACCAUGAGAAUGAACUUUUCUCCAAACUUGUGUCUAUUUUGCACGAUAGAACUGUCACCCAUAGUGCUACUAUUAAGAACAUUAACUGGUCAGAGCCUCUUAAACAUCCGCAGCAGUGCCAUCAGUAUAUGGAAACUUUGGUGAAGGACACUUUGACGGUUACAAAGGCUAUUUCGCGGUAUUUGCCCGAGCUCAAGUGCUCGUUGAUCUUACUGCAGAUUUUCGAUAACUACAAGAGAAUCUUGGUUGAAUGCUACUGUACUCAAUUGCCUCAGUUUAAGGACUUCAAUGAAAAGCACAUGGUAUUAAAGGAUAUCGACUACUUUAGAGUGAAGUUAUGUGAACUUCCGGGCUACGGAAACUCCGGGCAGGUUAUUUGGGAGAAUGUUAACUCCUUGCCUACCGUUGAGGAUACCAAAAUGGAAGAAGUAAUGAGACAUAACAUAGCGGAUGAAAGAUUGCAAAUCCUGAGUGUAAGAGGCUCGGCAAAGAGUUCUUUGGAAGUGCAAAGAUCUUCUGAAGAAAAACAAAGGAAGACUGAGGUACAACCGAUUACGGAGAAUCUUCCUGGUCAGGAGCUUCUAGUGUCUGCAAUAGAACCAGAAGAAGAGAAAGAACUUCCGAUAUCAGAAAAGGAAGCCGUUCCUAAAAAUGAAAUAGCCGAAAAGGAGGAUUCGGAGAUUGAUACAGAAAUUCUUGAGAAGGCAGCAGUGACUGCUCCAGAGAUCGCAGUCGAUGAGGAAGAGCCCGAGAAAGAUGAAGUAAUAGACAAGCAGUUACCAGUCAUAGAUGAGAACGAUGCAAAACCAGGAGAUGGAGCUCUACUUCCAGAAAAGGAAGCUCCUCAAUCUGAUCCAGAUGAUAUUGUAAAUGGGCCUGUACAGGACAAAGAGGAACCUGCCAAAGGGGAUCUGGUUCAAAUAGAUGAAGAUGUCAAAUUAGCUAGUGAAGUGGAAAACCCCACUGGGGGAGUUGCUGAGGAGCCUUUAAAGGAAUACUCUGAAGAAGUGACUAAUUUAACGUCUAAGGAUGAAACUGAGGUUAAAGAUGAUCCAUCUUCAAAGAUUGAAGUACAGAUAACUUCAUCCGAAGAAGAUAUAGAAGCUGGGAUAGACAGCAGCAAUGGAAUCGAAGAAAACACGGUUGUUUCAGAACUGGUGCCAGAGGUUGAGCAGAACGAUGAAGAGGACUCGGAAGAGGUUCUUUUUGAUCAAGAAGCAGAGACUGCUUCUGCUACUAAUGAAGACAACGAAGGAAAUCAAAAGUAA